UAUUUCAAUAACAAUCCACUCGGUCAACCACAAUAUCUUCAUUAACUCUAAACACUAAAACACGUUUUGGCAAUCCAUCAUGAAUACUAUAACAGCACUUUUUAUGACCAAUUCUCAUAUGUGUAUUUAUUUAUGCAUAAUGUGUAUUUGUUUUGUAUCAACUUCUUCGACCACCUCCAUAAACCCCGUGGAAUCAUUGUCAAUCUCCUCCAUAAACCCAUCAAAUCCGCUCGAAAUUCAACUUUGAAGUCCAUGUAUUCUAAUUUCUAAAUCAAAUACGAUCUGGCUUCACUCUCGGCUCCGAGUCCUUGCACGGCGACGGGGAGAUGACGAAGUGGGAGGGGUAUAGAUUUGCCGCCGGAAUCAGAUAGAAUCUCGGCGGUGCCGGUGAUGGUUUGGGCGGAGGAGAGGAGGAGAUGGGAGAUUUGAUUUGUGCUAAUUGCGAAACUGUUGAUGAACAGAUGAAGACUUUGAACUAGAUUUACCAUGGAAGAGCUAAACUCUGAUCAAGGAGGAGAUGAGUUUGCCAUUGAUGGAUAGUUACCCCUCCUCCAUCAGUUUCUACCUCUCAACCUCGGUCCCACUUCUUGUUUCACAAACUCACUCUAACGUUAACGACAUGCUCACAAUAACAGGAAAUGGAAGGCCAUGGUUGCUCCGGACCCACUCAGCCAGAAAACAACGGUGAAGAUGCCCAUGUGGAAAUCCACCCCGGGUGGAUAGUAGAAUUUUCCUUCACGAGCCUCCAAAUUAUGCUUUUGAGUAUGUCUCUGAUCUCAUUGAUUCCUGCACUAGAGAAUGGAUACCUGCUGCCAUUCAUUCUAUCUUUUCACCUGAGAUAGCACGACAGGUCCUAUGCAUCCCUCUUAGUUGCAGAAACAUGGCAGAUAAAUUGAUUUGGAGUCCUGAAAAGAAAGGCUUUUAUUCAGUGAAAACAGCUUAUUGGAUUGCUAGAGCUUCUGUUCUUGAAAAUGUUGUAGUAUCUACCUCUCAUGGCAAUCCAUUCCAAGAACUUUGGAGGAACAUUUGGAAAGCACAAGUACCUGAGAAAGUUAAAAUCUGCAUUUGGAGAGCUUGUAGUAAUUUGCUGCCUACUAGAGGAAAACUUCAAUCCAAGGGCUAUACCGGGGACCUCGAUCAACUGCCUCCUAUGUACACACAAGUAUGAGGACACUUCUCAUGUCUUCUGCCAAUGUCUGAUUGCCACUUCAGUCCUCACAGCACCUCCAUUCAGUCUUGGCAGAAGCUUGUUGCCAAAUAUUGAUUUUUGGGAAUGGAUGUUGGAUCAUGCAUUAAACCUCAAGCAAAGGUAUGUUUGGAAAACUAAUGACUAUGGUCUUUGUGGAAAAACUGAAACAAUGUGGCAGAAUACUUCUCAACCUGCUCAUGAGUUGGUGUUGAGUUCCUUGGCUUGGUUAGAUGAAUUCUGCAAAGCUAGAAAUGUGGAGAAGACAAAUGUGGCUCGCACUAAACCAUCAUGGCAACCACCAGCUUCUUGCCAAGCAUUUCCACAAGGUGGAGUUGGAGGCGUCCUCAGAGACAACACAGGUAGAUUUCAUGCAGCUUUUGCAAUCUCUGUGAGCUGUGUAGCUUCCUUGAUAUUUUUCUUAUCCUCUGAUCUCUCUCUCUGGGACACUUUUUUUGUAGACUUUUUGAGUUGUUCCGUGUCUAGCUUGUGUAGUGUUAUCAAAUUCAGAAAACAUUAUCUUCAAAAUAGAAUCUUUGUCUAUGCCUUCAUGUGUGUUGCGUACAUGUCUUUGUGCCUUGAGAUGAUAGAUGACUGUGGAGAGUUGUUCUAUCUGAAAUUGAAGAAGGAGGUUUAAAUUCAUCUUUUGGAAUCAGUA